GUGUCCUGUCCUCGCGCUGAGUGACAGCCCACGAGUGAAGACUUCUCGUGUUGCCCCGCUGGACUUGGAGGGGCUGUACGUGACGCUGCGGAGGGGGCGACACUUGUGCUCCAGGACAGAGCAGAGGAGACACGGGAGUAGCGGGAGUGACGGCGUCCAUCCGUCAAGCAGCUGGAGGAACCCCACUACCCGGCCCUUAUGGCUGCUUGAGACGCAGCGACAGACCCCCCCUUCCCCCUUUCUUCUCUUUCUCUGGGACUUUUGGUUUUUACUUUGUCGUCCACAGAGCGCGUUGAGUCUAAAAGUUUCUUCAGGUUGAAAGUGAAUCCACUUGCCGUGGACGUCUCUGGCGGUCAUGGAUACCCAUAUAAGGUGGAAAGUUAAACGGAGGAUAAGGGACGCUCAGCUCACUUUAGCGGUGAUUCUGCUUUUUGUCACAUCGCAAGCAUUUUCAGUGGAACCAGUAGACCUCUUGAAGAUUUUAGAUUUUCACAAUUUACCGGAGGGUGUUACGAAAACAACAGGAUUUUGCACACAUCGGCGGUCAACACAAGGAUCUGAUGAAGCCUACCGAGUAUCCAAGGAUGCCCAGCUCUCUGCGCCCACCAAACAACUCUAUUCAGGUGAUGUGUUCCCAGAAGACUUUUCCAUCUUGGCCACAGUGAAGCCAAAGAAGGGCAGCCAGUCUUUCCUGUUGUCUGUGUACAAUGAGCAGGGCAUCCAGCAGCUGGGCCUGGAGGUCGGCCGCUCCCCUGUAUUCCUCUAUGAGGACCAAACAGGCAAACCCAGCCCUGAGGACUACCCGCUCUUCAGAGGAGUCAAUCUCGCCGAUGGAAAGUGGCAUCGGGUGGCCAUCAGUGUGCACAAACAGAGCAUCACUCUCAUUUUGGACUGUAAAAAGAAGACCACACAGAAACUGCUCCGAAGCCCCAACCCCAUUAUUGACACCAAAGGAAUUAUUGUGUUUGGAACUAGGAUACUUGAUGAAGAGGUUUUUGAGGGAGACAUUCAGCAGCUAAUGAUUGUAGCAGACCACCGUGCUGCCUAUGACUACUGUGAGCACUACAGCCCCGAUUGUGAAGUGGCGGUACCAGACCAGCCUCAGAACCAAGACCCCAACACAGAUGAUUACAACACAGAAGAAACAGAUGAUCCCUACUACUACGAAUAUCCCUACUAUGGAGAUGUGGAUGGCAAAGUUUAUGAAUCCACCACUGAUGCAGAGGAGCCAACCGCAGAUGCAAUUAAGGUGACUGAUUCCGACAGCGUGGUGACCAAAGUGGAGGAGGUUAUACGAGGCGGCUCUAGUAGCACCGGUGCUAAAGUAACCUCCUCCGGCUCGUCAUCGUCCGGUUCUUCUAGCAGCUCCUCAUCUUCAACCACGUCAACGACGGGAGACGACAACUAUGCGGAGGAAACCAGUCCCUACGACAGCUACGACAGUUACGACACCUACUACGACGAAUCUACACCCGCUCCAGAGAAGGACUCGACCCGCUUCACCAUCACCAACAUUGACAGCGGAGGGGACAUCGACUUGGGCGCUGGGUCAAAGGUCGCACUUGAAACAGAGAGCGUCGUGGGAGGCGGAGGAGGAACGUUCACCGUAACAACCAACAAGACAACAGCCGGAGGCGCCUAUGACGACUACGGUGGAUACGACUACGGCGACGGCUCUUACACGACGGGUGGAGGCGGCGGCUCUUCUGUCCACAUUGGAGGUGGAGGCGGCAGCAGUUCCACCAUCACUCUUGGAGGAGGUUCUACAGGCGGCAGUUCUGUCUCGGUUGGAGGUGGUUCCGUCUCAGUUGGAGGUGGCACCAUUUCCGUCGGGGGAGGCUCUGUGUCUGUAGGAAGUUCUUCUUCCACUGGGACGGGCUCAGCGAGUGCCGGCGCGGGAGCUGGUGGGUCUGUAGCCACGGGAACCGGAUUGGGAAUCGAUGGCGAGCUCGACUAUGAUAUUGAGAAAUUCAAGGAGGAGGACAUUAAUUAUUCUGAUAGCGAGCUGGAUGCAUAUGGUGCCUAUGAUGAUCUGGAUUAUGGACACAAAGAAAAAGAGCUCCCAGCUGAGACUGAUGAAUAUUAUGGACAGAUUGAUGGUGCCCGUGGUGAAAAGGGGCAGAAGGGUGAGCCCGCUGUCAUUGAGCCAGGAAUGCUGGUUGAAGGUCCACCAGGGCCUGAAGGACCAACAGGUCUCCCUGGACCCCCAGGUUCUUCUGGUUCUCCAGGCAGUCCUGGGGAUCCUGGAGAGAGGGGUGAUCCAGGUCGGCCUGGUCUUCCCGGGGCUGAUGGUUUACCAGGACCUCCGGGAACUGUCCUCAUGUUACCUUUCAGGUUCAGUGCUGGAGGUGACUCUGGACAAAAGGGACCUGCAAUGUCAGCUCAAGAAGCCCAGAUGCAAGCCAUAAUGCAGCAGGCCAGGCUGGCAAUGAGAGGCCCAACUGGUCCAAUGGGUUUAACGGGUCGUCCUGGUCCACUUGGACCUCCUGGUGUACCAGGUCUGAAGGGAGAGUCAGGAGAAGCCGGACCACAGGGACCCAGAGGACCCAUGGGCUCUCCAGGACCUCCUGGAAAACCAGGCCGAAGGGGUCGAUCUGGAGCUGAUGGUGCUAGAGGCAUGCCAGGACAGUCUGGACCAAAGGGGCUUGAUGGCCUGGCUGGGCUUCCUGGUGAAAAAGGACACAGAGGUGAACCAGGUCCUGCGGGGCCCCCUGGUGCACCUGGUGAGGAUGGAGAAAGGGGAGAUGAUGGAGAGAUCGGACCCAGGGGACUUCCUGGUGAACCAGGGCCCCGUGGUUUGCUGGGACCAAAAGGACCUCAAGGACCUUCUGGACCCCCUGGCGUGACUGGAUCAGAUGGACCACCUGGACCAAAAGGAAAUAUUGGCCCUCAGGGAGAACCAGGACCCCCGGGACAGCAGGGAAAUCCAGGUGCUCAGGGACUCCCAGGACCACAGGGAGCAAUCGGACCCCCGGGGAGAAGGUAGCGCGCUGCAGCUGGUCCCACAGGAAAACCAGGUCUACCAGGAAUGCCAGGAGCUGAUGGUCCACCAGGUCAUCCUGGAAAGGAAGGGCCUCCUGGAGAAAAGGGACACUUGGGUCCUUCUGGUCCUCAAGGUCCCAUCGGUUACCCUGGCCCUCGCGGUGUAAAGGGAGCUGAUGGUGUGCGAGGCCUAAAAGGAAACAAGGGUGAGAAAGGAGAAGACGGCUUCCCAGGAUUUAAAGGAGAUAUGGGCAUCAAGGGCGACAGGGGUGAACUUGGGCCAGCUGGACCGAGGGGAGAAGAUGGGCCUGAAGGUCCAAAGGGUCGUUCAGGUCUUCCAGGAGACCCAGGGCCACUUGGAGCAACUGGUGAGAAGGGUAAGCUUGGUGUUCCUGGGCUGCCUGGAUAUCCUGGAAGACAAGGACCAAAGGGAUCUCAAGGUUUCCAAGGCUUCCCUGGUGCCAAUGGGGAGAAAGGAACUCGAGGAACAGGAGGAAAGCCUGGCCCACGCGGACAGAGAGGACCAACGGGGGGCCUCGGGGAGAGAGGGCCAAGAGGACCAACAGGAAAAGCAGGACCAAAGGGUAACUCUGGAAAUGAUGGUCCACCAGGACCUCCUGGUGAGAGGGGUCUGCCUGGACCUCAAGGCCCAACAGGAUUCCCUGGCCCAAAAGGACCUCCUGGACCUCCAGGCAAAGAUGGACUUCCUGGACAUCCUGGGCAGAGAGGAGAGACUGGUUUCCAAGGAAAGACUGGCCCUCCUGGGCCACCAGGUGUGGUUGGACCUCAGGGGCCAACGGGUGAGACAGGGCAAAUGGGUGACCGGGGUCACCCUGGACCCCCUGGCCCUCCCGGUGAACAGGGUCUACCAGGAGCUGCUGGAAAAGAAGGUGCUAAGGGUGAUCCUGGUCCUGCUGGCCCUGCUGGUAAAGACGGACCUCCUGGGCCAAGAGGUUUCCCUGGAGAGAGAGGCCUGCCUGGUCCUGUGGGAGCUCAUGGACUGAAAGGAAAUGAAGGUCCUCAUGGCCCACCUGGCCCUGCAGGUUCUCCUGGUGAACGUGGUCCAGCUGGUCCUGCAGGACCUACUGGGCUUCCUGGACGUCCCGGCCCUCAGGGUCCACCAGGGCCCGCUGGAGAGAAGGGCGGACCGGGUGAAAAAGGACCUCGGCCAGCUGGAAGAGACGGUAUUCAGGGACCAGUAGGUCUUCCUGGACCUGGAGGUCCUCCUGGACCACCUGGGGAGGAUGGAGACAAGGAUUUUGCACACAUCGGCGGUCAACACAAGGAUCUGAUGAAGCCUACCGAGUAUCCAAGGAUGCCCAGCUCUCUGCGCCCACCAAACAACUCUAUUCAGCUCAGUGUUUCCCAACGAGGGUUACGGGAGCGUUUAGCAGGGGGGCACUUAGCGGCUUUCGGAUAUUUAGAAGAAGGUGAUGUGUUCCCAGAAGACUUUUCCAUCUUGGCCACAGUGAAGCCAAAGAAGGGCAGCCAGUCUUUCCUGUUGUCUGUGUACAAUGAGCAGGGCAUCCAGCAGCUGGGCCUGGAGGUCGGCCGCUCCCCUGUAUUCCUCUAUGAGGACCAAACAGGCAAACCCAGCCCUGAGGACUACCCGCUCUUCAGAGGAGUCAAUCUCGCCGAUGGAAAGUGGCAUCGGGUGGCCAUCAGUGUGCACAAACAGAGCAUCACUCUCAUUUUGGACUGUAAAAAGAAGACCACACAGAAACUGCUCCGAAGCCCCAACCCCAUUAUUGACACCAAAGGAAUUAUUGUGUUUGGAACUAGGAUACUUGAUGAAGAGGUUUUUGAGGUGGGAGGCACGGCCGACUCCGGAGAGUGA